GCGCUGGUGUCCUGGGAAACCCGCGGCUGUUCCGCCCGGCAUCCCGGUGGUUCCGUGGGCUGCGGGUAAACAGCGCCCGGCGGUGGCCGCGCCAGUCGGAGUUUCCCGGGUACCCGCAGUAGUCGGCUCCGUGCUUUGGGCUCCGCUGUCGCUGCAUCGGCGGGGGACGUCCUUCCGUGGAAAAGCUGCCCCCAAGUCCAGGAAAAACAAAAUGAAGGAACUAGUAUCAAACAGUACAACCAAUAUAUCUCAAGCCAGGAAAGCUGUGGAGCAAUUAAAAAUGGAAGCAUACAUGGAUAGAAUGAAGGUGUCCAAGGCUGCAGCAGAUUUAUUGGCAUAUUGUGAUGCGCACAUUGGAGAAGAUCCCCUUAUUAUUCCUGUGCCUGCAUCUGAAAAUCCCUUUAGGGAGAAGAAACUCUUUUGUACUAUCCUUUGAGUCUGUUUUCAAUUAAAAAUGUCUCCUGCUAAAAUUUGGUAUCAGUGUUGCAUGCUUGUAGCAUUUUUUUCUUCAGAUAUCUAUACUUACCUUAUAACUAUAAUAUUUUUCAAAGGUAGUGCAUUUUCUGCUAAAAAAAAAUUAAAAUUAAAAAAAAUCCUAAAAAACUCAAGGUGAUACUUAUUUUUGAGAACAAUGUACAAGUUUAAUUUCAGUUCUUCAUAAAUAUUCUUUUGGUCUUAAUGAAAGUAUCAAGUACAGUAUCAAAUUGUAGAAAUCUUUGCCAGUCAUAGAUUUUUCUGAUACCUAAAUGAGUCAUACCACUUCUCGAAGCUAUAUUUAACAUUCUUAUUUUCCUUGGAAGGUGAAUUUAAUUCACUUGUCUUUACAAAUUUCUGUCUAAAGAGAGUAGUGUGACCUCUGCCUCAAGUAGCACUAUUUAGGAAAAGAUCCCAGUAAUUUACAGUGUGUGGAAUGAUUAAUCUUACACAGUAAGUGGUGUUUUCUGAAGACUGUAAGAAACUUGACUACAAAAAGAAUCUUAGUAAAGCAACAUUGUAACUACAAGCAGAAUGAAGAUGUAUAGUUACACACCAGGAUUGAAUCAAUAAAACUGUAGAAAAACA